GCCACUCUAAUCGUUACGUUCAACUUCAAGCACUUCAUGACUGUCACACUCUUGCUGUGAGAAUAUGGACUACUUCUAGACUACAGACCCUUUCUAUCACACGAACAAUGGAGCGAUCGAACACAAUGUGCCAUAAAAACUAUGGUGACCUCGGAAGUGAAUUCAUCAUUGAGCACCGGAAAAUCAAAACUUUGAACCUCUGGAUAGCUUUAAUUAUUUCUGUCAUAUUUGCAUUAUGCGUCGAUCUACACUCAAAGGAUAUCUACCAUCUUUGGUCUAUUUCAGCUGUUUUGUUUGGUGUUCUAGUUUUCAAACUCUACACAAAAGUACAUAGAGAGAUAGUUCUGAUAUUACCAACAGUUGGUGUACAACUGAAGACAGAGUACUUGCUGGGACUGAAAUGCACCAAGUUCAUAGAUCUCUCACGUAUAACAGACAUUGUCAUCAAUGAAGCCAUCACCUUGCAAAGCGUCAUCAGCUAUCUGGCUGUUUUACUGAAGGAAGAAAAAUCUGGAAAGUUAGAAACAUUGUAUCCAUUAUUUUCGCACUCCAGGUAUGGGAUGGACUGCCUUACGACGGUGUAUGAAGUCUCGCAGCAAAAACUCUUUCUUACACAAACAUGACCAGAUGAUGGACGAUGCAGACUUGUCUCCUUAUAGAAUAUAUAAUUAAUUAUGUUGAACAUGAAAAGGAAAUAAAGAGGUGUAUUAUUAUCUGUGUGGUUGAAAUGUUGCAGCACUAUUGUAGUCCAUUGGCGGAUCCAGGGGGGGGGAGGGGGGGAGGUUCGAACCCCCCUUUUGAAAAUGACUUAAGACCACAUUGAAGAUUUUUUUUUUGCGUUGGUAGACACCCACCCCCCAACCCCCCUUUCAAAAUUCCUGAAUCCGCCCAUGGUAGUCUUCCUAUUUUCGUGCCCUUUUAUGUAUUAGCAUUUUGCACAAUACAAUAUUUUUACAUGA